AUGCCAGCCACGGGAUGCAGAUCUGCGGGAGCAUUACCGCAAACAGUAGAUGAGGCCUUCGUAAAGGCACUGCCAAAAGCCGAACUCCAUGCUCAUCUUUCCGGCAGCGUCAGUAUGAAGACACUGCAUGGAAUGUGGUCACGGAAGAGAGCGAGUGGCCGAUGCCUGAAGCUCCUCGAUCCACUACAAGCGAUGCUAUCAAUCGCCGAAUCUGUGGAUAUCAUCUCCUUCUUUCCUCUCUUCGAUCAGUAUAUCUAUCAGCUUCUUGAUGAUAUCGAGUCUGUGCAGGAAGCCACCAGGAGCGUGAUCCGAGACUUCGCUACUGAUGGCGUCAAGUAUCUGGAGCUACGGACCACGCCAAGAGAGCAUGCGCAAACUGGGAUGACCAAGGCUUCAUACGUUCACGCCGUGCAUGAGGUAAUCCAAACCCACAACAAUUCUUACGAUGUCGUUUGCGAACAGAGUCACGACAUCAAGGUCUAUCUGAUUCUGUCUAUCGACCGCAAGAUGACACUGGAGCAAGCGAACGAAGUACUGGAUCUAGCCAUGACACUUCGAACAGGAUGUGUGGUAGGCAUUGACUUGUCCGGUAAUCCUGCCCGAGGAGACGUAGAAACGUUCACGCCCGUCUUCCGUCGUGCCAAAACAGAGGGUCUCCAUAUCACUGUACACUUCGCAGAGGUACUUGCAUCUGCCACUCAACGCGAGCUAGAAGUAAUCCUCUCGUGGGAGCCUGAUCGAUUGGGACAUGUUAUCUGCACCUCGGAGGACGUGGAGAGGACUAUAAAGGAGCGUAGGACCGGGCUUGAGCUUUGCCUCUCGUGUAAUGUACUGGCUAAGAUGACUGAAGGCAGCAUCGCCGAUCAUCACUUCCGCAAGUGGCGCAUGACUUCCUGCCCUAUCGCUCUAUCUACGGACGACGUCGGCAUCUUCCAGAGUCCUUUGUCGAACGAGUAUUUGCUUGCCGCUCAGCACUUUGAGCUUGGGCCGCAGGAUCUUGUCGCUCUGAGUAAAAGUGCGGCCAGCAUUGCCUUCGGCGACAGCCAGUCACUACGAGCAAGUCUGAAAACUUUUGAAACCUACUUCCAGGCCCAAGGAUACGGUUGCUAG